AUUUUGUUUACUCUAAUCAUUGGUAAUUAGCAUUGUUUUUAAUAGUAACAAAUUUCGUCGCUAGAUGUCAAUAGCACAUAGUGACCUCUCAGGAAAGAAAGAUGGCGUUUCGCUGUUCGAUGAAGUUUAAGAAUUAUACAGUGGCAAUUCAGAGAAUUCAGAAAUUAUGUACUGAGACAACUGAAACAGCAAAACCAGGUAUAAGUGUUACCUCAUCUGAAUCAAGUAAUAUAGAUGAUUAUAAAGUUCCAGAAUAUUAUGAACAUAACAAAUGGACAUUUGUAGACUUAAUGCUUGAGAUGGAAAAAUUUAGACUUCCUCAACCUUCUGCUAAACAAUAAUAGUAUAAUAAUGCAAUAUAGUAUGUCAUUUUAAAUGUAUAGAUUUCAAAUUAUUCUUUAAAAUGUAUUUAAGAAUUUAUUAAUAAAUAAGUA